UGCAGCAUUGGGUUUGGGUUCCACCUUAAGCGCUUGCAAGAUGCUAAAAGAAAACACGUUAUUUUGGCACCUAUGUGAAGAAAAACACGUCCUUAAAAACUCAGUAUAGCAAAAGUUAAGUCAGAAUGGACGAAGAGGACAAGAUGCGAACAUGCCAUCUUCUGGACUUGCCCUGGGAGGAUGUCCUGGUUCCACAUAUUUUAUGCCAUUUGCCUCUGCAGCACCUUGUCAGCAUGCAGAGGGUGAGCAAGCAGUUCCACAGCCUCAUCCAGGUGUAUCUAGCCAACUGCAGGACUUUUGAUCUGUCCUCGAUCGGACAAUCCAUUUCCAAGGAGGCGUUUUGCUCCAUGUUGAAGGACAACAAAGUUCUCCACAGCCUGUCUCUCCAGAGCUGUUCGGACUGGGUGACCGACAAGGAGCUGCUGCCAGUGAUCGGCCAGAACCAGCACCUGCAGAGAGUGGACAUGAGCGGGUGUGCUUGGCUCACACGCCACUCCCUGGUGGCGGUGUCCUUGAGCUGCAUGCACCUCCAGCGCCUCGGCCUGGCGCACUGCGAGUGGGUGGACAGUCUGUCCUUGCGCAGCCUGGCCGACCACUGCGGGGGGCUGCAGUCGAUCGACCUCACCGCCUGCCGCCAGCUCAAGGACGACGCCAUCUGCUACCUAUCCAAGAAGUGUUUGAAGUUGAGGUCUCUAUCUCUGGCAGUCAACGCUAACAUCACUGACGAGUCGGUGGAAGAGGUGGCCAAGAACUGCAGGGGCCUGGAGCAGCUGGACCUGACCGGUUGCCUGCGGGUCAGGAACCAGUCCAUCAGGACUCUUGCAGAGUACUGCCCGAAGCUGCAGUCCCUGAAGGUGAAUCACUGCCACAAUGUGACAGAGUCGAGUCUGGAUCCUCUACGCAAGCGCAAUGUAGUGAUAGAUGUUGAGCCACCUUUACAGAGGGCUCUGGUGCUUCUUCAGGACGUGCUGGGUUUUGCUCCCUUUAUCAAUCUGCAGAUAUAGCCAAAAGGCUAUCUAUCACAACAAUGCACACAGGUGUCCUCAUCAAAGCAGUCACUCUCGGCUGCAUCACAUGUGCAUGUGAGUUGCUCUAAGAAACAUCAAAACAAUCCAAGAAGAACUGGAUGUUUUACACUCAAGUUUAAGAAUAAUGUGGGCAAAAAAACUGUGGUUAAAGAUGAAAAUAUCGUUUACGUCUGAAAAUGACUGAAGAAAGCCAUUUACUUUUAAUAAGUGUUGCCUCAUGUCUGAAAGAUGUCACUGCACUAUUAGUUAAUCAUUAAGUGUUGUAAUAAUGUGGCUUUUUUUAGAAAAUAAGUUCCAACUAAAGUAGAGUCAAUUGUUUUGUUGUCUUUUAUAACAAAGUAAAUGCUUUACUUUGUGUAUGGGACAUUUUAAGAAAACAUCGAUCUUAUGUUUCAUUUAGAAACAUUAAAAAUAAUGUUUGAGUUUAAUUAAACAUUUUAUUUUGCAUGUAUGUCCCAGUUUAAAGGAUUCAUUCACUCAAAUCAUGUAAAAAAACUUGUUCUCACUUUUGGUUUUAUGUUUCCAGGAUUUAAUAAUCGUCACUCGUGAGUCCUUCAUACAAUGAAGAUGAAUGCAAUUUUGUUCGUGGUGCUGACUAUUUGUCUUCCAGAAACAGAGUCCUGGUUCCUCAGAAUUAUCCACCGUCCUUAUGAUCUACAGUUUUUAAUUGCUUUCAAAUAAAAACUGUUAACCAGCUCUGUUGAUCACAGUCACACCAAAACUAUCUGCAUGGCUAGAAGCCACCAGAGAUUAGUGGGGAAAUGUUUACACAUUUACUUGUGACUUUGGUGAAGCUAUCACUUCAUUGAUAUUGUUAAUAAAUGCCAUCUUGUAUAGCGUAGUAUUUGUUUGAAAUAGGAAUUUAUUAUGACCCUUGACAUGAAUAAAUUGCAAAA